GUUUCGCGCGGAGCUAGGCGAGGUAGAGGGCCCGCAGGAGGGUUUUGUGGUGUUGCAGCGUUUGUUGGCGGAGUUCGACGCAAAGUGCAAGAUGAGCGCCAAGGAAAACGUAGCUAUGUCGAGGAGAGAAAAGAAAACAGACGAGGAAUCAGCACUAAACGCAGCUGUUGCCGACAUAAGACAGGCUCUAGAACGCGAAGCAUUCAAGGAGCUUCGGUUGCUGCAUCGCCUGCAGCUAGAGGCGCUCCGUGUGCUAUCUGCACGGCGUUUUGAGCUUCUGGUGCAGCAGCUGUUGGCCGGCAGGGCAGACCAACAGGAGCAGCUGCAGGAGACGCAGCAGCUGAAUCUGUACGACAUCGCCAACCGCAUCUCCUAUGCAGCGCUUCAAACGGCAAAUAAUUUGCAGCAAUUCAUUCGAGACCACCAUCGCUCUAUGGACCUCGAGUUAGCAAGACACCUACUUCUCGAAGAGCCAGAAAGUUCAUUGCAGCACCAGGAGCAACAGCCGCAAGCGGCAGCGGCUGCGCGGGAGUAUCUGGGGGCGGUGGAGCGGCUUGCAGCGCAGGAGCGUCGCUUGCUAUUGAAGUCUCUGCGGGAGAUUGCUGCUGCUGCGUUGCACCAGCAAGAGCUGCUGCAGCUGCAGCAACAGCGCCAGGCAGGCCUGGGUCCGUUGCACCGUCUUCAAAGGAAAGCUGUCAAUCGGUUCUUAGCAACUGCACCUGGGCGGGUAGCGUUGAGAGGCCUGCGGCGGGUAAGCAGCGCAGCAUCAGCCGCAGCAGCCCAUGUGGGGGAGCUGCCGCUGUUACGGCAGCUGCUACAGUCCCCAUUGGCUGGUCUGUGGAGCAACCGAAGGCCCAUCGAUGUUUCCUUUCACUAUUUGAGCCCAACGGCCUUCGGCCUUUCCCCCGUGCGAAAUACAGUGACGCUUAAUGAACCCUGGAGAGGCAAACUACACUUACAGCAGCUUGCCUGCUGGACAGACACAGAACUCCUGCCCCAUGAAAAGCUGCUGCCCCCCUCCGCUUCCGCAGCGGACCUUCGCCAACUGAAGGAGGCCCUUGCGGUGAAUCCGCCGGGAAGCGGCUAA